AUGGUCAACGACUCACAAGAUUCACUUGUUCCUACCACUGAAGUUGCAAUCAGCGCCGCAUUUCUCUGCGUCGUUAACAUUGGAAUUAUCAUUGGCAAUUUUCUCGCCUUAAUUGUUGUAUGGCGCACAUCGAAACUUCACGAACCGAAUUAUUUCUUUCUUUGCAAUCUGAGCGUUGCGGAUUUGCUCGUCGGAAUGAUCUAUUGCCCUCUAUUGAUGGCAAGUGUAAUCAAACAGUCUUGGGUGUUUGGAAAUCCUUUAUGCCGCGCACACUCGGUUAUUGUAAGCGCUUCUUUGAAUGCGUCGUUGAUGAAUCUGUGCGCAAUUUCAGUUGACAGAUAUUUUUUUAUUACAAGACCUUUGCGUUACACAGAAAUCGUCACUCCUCGCAGGACAUUUAUCACCAUUGCGUUGGUUUGGUUUCAUUCUAUUUUCUGGGCGAUCGCGCCCAUAUUCGGUUGGGGUCAAUUGGUAUAUGAGGGAAGUACUGCCACUUGCAAGCCAAAUUGGAAUGGAGAAGGACUUGGGGACAAAUCGUACGCUCUUUCUUUGGGGUUGGUUUGUUUUCUUGUCCCCGUUCUAAUUAUGAUCCUUGCAUAUUCAAUGAUCUACAAAGCUGCGCGGAAGCAGUUGCAGAAUAUGCAGAUUCCUGGUUUGACUAAAGAACAAUCCAUGAGAAGAAACAAAGCAACAAAAACUGUCCUCAUAAUAAUUGGAAUGUUUUGUCUCUGCUGGUCUGUGUACACUCUUGUGUCAGUUUGGAAACUUUUUGCGGUGUUAUCUGACCUCCCUCCGCGAUUGGUUCGCAUUGGAUUAUACCUCGCCGUUUCUAACAGCUGUAUGAACUUCUAUGUUUAUGCCAUAAGGGACAAGGUUUUCAGAAAGGGACUUCGCAAUUUGUUUUUUCCACACCGCAGCUUUUAUCACGAGCAAAAGAAUCGUUCAAAUGAACUGAGUCGAACAGCGCGCACAAUGCAGAAACAGUCACUUGCAGUCGAUUCGCCAGCGUCUCGGAAAACUUUUACUCUUCAAACAACUGUAUGA